UUUUUGUUUCCGUUUAUCUUAAUAUAUAUUAUCGAAUAAUAUAAUUUACACAUAUAUUCCUCGUUAAGUUUAUAUAUAUAACUUGAAUUAUAACCGACGAUAAACUUUUAGGAGGCUCGAAAAGAUUAUUCGAGAUGGUUUCAAUGAAAUGGAUAAUGAUUUAUGGUUCAUUGGUGCCAUUCUUUGCAAUGGUCACUUUACUCUACAUUCUUGGAGUCGCGAGAUACAUUACCGAUUUUGAAGAGAAUACAUGCGAGAUGACAUAUAUGUUUGAGUAUCCACAGUAUGUGAGAAUAUCUUUGAACAAUGAUAUCGAGGAGAAAUAUCCACGGUUUGGACUAUAUGCCUAUGGAGAAGGUUUUGUAACAGAAAAAUUGAGAAGAAUGCAUUUUUCUGGAAUACCAGUUCUUUUUAUACCAGGCAAUGCUGGAUCUCAUGAGCAAGUACGUUCCAUUGCUUCAGUAAGUUUAAGAAAAAGCCGAAAAACUCCCUUCCAUUUUGAUUUUUUCACCAUUUCAUUCAACAAGGAUUAUUCUGCAUUGUAUGGAGGUGUGCUUAUGGAACAGACUGUAUAUGUCUCGCAUUGUAUAAAAGCAAUAUUAGCUCUAUAUAAGGAUAAGAUGGAUAGUGUUGUGCUAAUUGGUCAUUCUAUGGGUGGUGUCAUAGCAAAAGGAGCUCUUUUACUAGCGCCGAAUAUGAACGCUUCAUUUGCAAGUAUUAUAAUAAACUUGGCUACACCGCAUACUCCAGCCUUGGUUCUCGAUAAUAUAUUUGCCAAUUAUUAUAAGGAAUUGGAGAAACAUUUGUACAAACUUAAGGAUGCAGGAGUGAAGGUAAUAUCUAUUGGAGGUGGACCGCGCGACAUACUUGUAACCGCUGCGCAAACUUACGAUCGUACAGCAGAUAUAAAUGUCCUUUCUACGAGUGUACCGGCUGUUUGGAAAUCUACCGAUCAUUUGAGUAUUUUAUGGUGUAAACAAUUGGUGUUCGUGAUCGUACGUGCACUGUUUGAUGCUGUAGAUCAGUUGAAAAAACCAUUUAAAAUUACGUCGAAUCCUGAUUUGAAAAUGCAAGCCCUGUCUUAUCAUUUCUUACAACAUAGUUCAGGCAAGAAGCUGUAUCAUUAUAAGGAAAAAAUUCAGUUCAAAAACAAUAGUGAAUGGAUAAAUAUUCCAUCUGAGCAAUAUGUCUGGAGUAAUAAGAAUGGACCUAAAAAAUUAUCUACUGUAUAUCUGGUGGUAGAAUUAUUUCACAAAUCCGAUUUUCUAACCAUUGAUGCAAUAAACUUGGAAAACAAGGAUUGGCUACUUAUGUGUACGAAAUCCAAGAAGCAAGAUGAAAAAAGAAUUUGUGAAUGGGGUUGGAAUUGGACGAAUAAUACGAGAAUUUUAAUUGAUCCUUUAAAUCGAUUGAGAAAAACUGUUGAUUUAGAUCUGAAAGAAAUAAGUUAUAUGGGUAUUACGCAUGUUAUUGUAAGGAUAACUCCAGAAGAUUUGAAUAAACAUCUUAUAGUCGGCUUUGAUUCUUAUUAUCACGACACUCGAGUAGAAACUACAAAAAAUAAAUUCUUUCAUCCUAAAUAUCUUUUUGGCUUCUAUGGAUCUAACUUGAUCGAAACCGUCAAGGGAAAUAUAAGAUAUUACGUGACGCUUUCUAACAUCAUAGACGCAGUUACAAUUGAAUUGAAAUCGACAGAUUGUGUCAAGCAUCAUGCUGUUGUUGAAUUGCUAGAACCAUGGAAUGCAGGGUCGACUCAAUCGAGAUUUUUCAUGAAUAUGGAUGACGGCCCAAAAACGAUAAAAAUGCAAACUCUUUAUGGACGUCGCAAUGAAACGGCAAGUUUAAGAUUAACAUUAGAUCCAGAGUGCAGUUAUGCGAUUAAUAUUCAACCCGCUGGAAUCAUCGAUAAAAUCUCUUGUAGAAUACGGGAUCGUUGGCCGUUGCUUUAUCUAACAAUAAUCAGUUUACUUUUACUGUUCGUUUCUAUAAGAAUACGUAGUUCAGACAUGCUACCAACUGUAAUUGUUACCAUAAUAUUGUCUUUUAUUUUCAAUGUUACUUAUGAAGCUUGCAUUGCUUUAUGUAUCAUCAGCAUAUCUGCCAUUGCUGUAUGCUGCUGUGUCAUAUUUCUCGGUUCCGUUGCACAUGGAAUAGCAGUCAAAUUUUUAGCACGUGCAAUAACUUUCUCAACAACAUGGUCAGAUUGGUUACUGAACGGUCUAAAUCAGCUACCAUUUAUUACAACUAUUCUCAUAUUAUCCCUAAUUCCAGCAACAUGUGGGGCUUUGGCUAUGGUCGUUACAGUAUUUUUGUAUUUUUUGAAAUUAACAAGGAUGUACGAAGAUUAUUUGGAGGAGAUAUUAAUGGCCUCGCUGCAGCAUUUUGAGUGGUUUAAACGUUUUAAGAGUGUAAGAGAAGAAAACAAUAGAAGCACCAGUGAAGAAAUAUAUAAUCAUCUUAUCUUGUUCCUAUUGUGGACUUUUGCUGCAAUCCCAGCAAUUCCAUCUGUCUUAGUUUGGGCGAAAAAUUUCAGCUAUGACAUGAGACUCACUUCAGAAGAUCCUGUAUUUCUAACAAGCUGGAUAAUAUUAACUAUGUGUAGUACAUUGGGUAUUGUACACAUCUACCCUAAAAAUGAGGGGAUUUGCUCGCUUAUAUUAAGCAGUGUAUUACGUCUUGCGAGCUGGGUCAUUCUUUCAAUGACGGCAGCUCCACGUCCAUUCUUUUACCACUGGUGUAUGCCACCAAUCACAGCCGCGAUAGUAAUACUCAUCACAUUUAAUUCUAUGAUUCCUAAAACUAGCCUAUCUUAUUAAGAGAUAAUAACUUGCAGAAAUAUUAUGUAAAUAUAACGAAAUAUUAUGUUUAUGUAAGUCUUCUCACCGUCCAUCAAUAAUUUUGUACAAAAAGAUCUGAACUCAUAGUCAUGACUAUAUUAUUUAAAAUUUGUUAUGUUUCAAAUAUUAGAUUGAGGAAUGCAAAAAGUAUUAUCUUAUAAAAAUAGUCAAAAUAUGUAAUGUGUAAUAAAAAUCUCUUUAAGGCAGCUCAUUUAAUGACACUUUAACAAUAAUUAUGAAU